UUUCUCCUCCACAGGUCCCCGGCGUGACAUUCACCGGGUUGUGAGUCGGUGGUUGUGUAAAAGGAGGACUAGGACCACCCUGAGUCCGACCAAACAGUAGCCGAAAUGAGAGUACUAAAAGCGGGUUUGUCUUUGACCAAAACGCAUCUUCUGGCUCCAGGAAGCGUCACUCUGAAAAAGGUGCUCAUCAACAGCUGUCGGACAUGCUCCUCCGGGAUCUUCCCCAACGAGAGGAUCCGGAACAUCGGGAUCUCAGCUCACAUCGACUCGGGGAAGACCACCCUGACCGAGCGGGUCCUCUACUACACCGGCAGGAUAGCAGAGAUUCACGAGGUGAAGGGGAAGGACGGAGUUGGAGCCACUAUGGACUCUAUGGAGCUGGAGAGACAGAGAGGCAUCACCAUCCAGUCAGCUGCCACAUACACCGAGUGGAAGAACCACAACAUCAACAUCAUUGACACACCAGGUCAUGUGGACUUUACCAUCGAGGUGGAGCGAGCGCUGCGUGUGCUGGACGGGGCGGUGCUGGUCCUGUGUGCGGUGGGGGGGGUCCAGUGUCAGACCAUGACUGUCAACAGACAGAUGAAACGCUACAACGUCCCCUUCCUCACCUUCAUCAACAAGCUGGACCGCAUGGGCUCCAACCCCAGCAGAGCCCUGCAGCAGAUGAGAACCAAACUGAACCACAACGCAGCCUUCAUCAGCAUCCCCAUCGGCCUGGAGGGGAACAUGCGUGGCAUCAUCGACCUCGUCGAGGAGCGCAGCAUGUAUUUCGAAGGACCUUUUGGUCAGUCUCUCCGUUACGAUGAGAUCCCGGCAGAUUUCCGUGCAGAAGCAGCCGACCGGAGACAGGAGCUGGUGGAGUGUGUGGCCAACGCUGACGAGAUCUUGGGAGAAAUGUUCUUAGAGGAAAAGAUUCCAACCAACGCCGAGCUGAAGGCGGCGAUCCGCAGGGCCACGGUGCAGCGUCUCUUCUCCCCGGUGUUAGUGGGCACGGCGUUGAAGAACAAGGGCGUCCAGCCUCUUCUGGACGCCGUCCUGGAUUACCUGCCCAACCCCACCGAAGUCAAAAACUUUGCUAUCCACAAUGACGAAGAUGCCAGGGAAGCGUCAAAGAUCCAAAUGGACCCCACCAGAGACUCUACACACCCGUUUGUUGGUCUGGCCUUCAAACUGGAGGCGGGGAGGUUUGGCCAGCUGACGUAUGUGCGGGUGUACCAGGGCUGUCUGAAGAAGGGGGAGUCCAUUUACAACACUCGCACCAGCAAGAGAGUCAGAGUUCAGAGGCUUGUGCGUCUCCACGCUGACCAGAUGGAGGAUGUGGACGAGGUUUAUGCAGGAGAUAUUUGUGCUCUGUUUGGGAUCGACUGUGCCAGCGGAGACACUUUUUCAUCCAAGGCCAGCGCUAAUCUCUCCAUGGAGUCUAUUCAUGUCCCAGAACCAGUCAUUUCCAUGGCAAUAAAGCCAACCAACAAGAAUGACCUGGAUAAAUUCUCCAAAGGUAUAAACCGUUUCACCAGAGAAGAUCCCACCUUCCGGGUGCAUUUUGACACAGAGAGCAAAGAAACCAUCAUCUCAGGAAUGGGAGAGCUGCAUCUGGAAAUCUACUCGCAGAGGAUGGAGAGGGAAUAUAACUGUCCCUGUGUGAUGGGAAAACCCAAAGUAGCUUUCAGAGAGACGAUCACCAGCCCCGUGCAGUUUGACUUCACCCAUAAGAAGCAGAGUGGCGGCUCUGGGCAGUACGGUAAAGUCAUCGGGGUCCUGGAGCCCCUGGAGCUGGAGCUCAGCACCAAGGUGGAGUUUGAGGACCAGACUGUUGGAACCAACGUCCCAAAGCAGUUUGUACCAGCUGUUGAAAAGGGCUUCAGGGACGCCUGUGAGAAGGGUCCCCUCAGCGGGCACAAGAUCUCCGGGGUCCGCUUCGUCCUGGAAGAUGGAGCCAAUCACAUGGUGGACUCCAACGAGUUAUCCUUCAUCCGUGCAGGAGAGGGCGCUCUAAAACAAGCGAUGGAGAAAGCCAACGCCAUCAUCCUGGAGCCCAUCAUGUCUGUGGAAAUCGUAGCUCCUCAAGAGUUUCAGGGAUCCGUCAUCUCUGGUGUAAACCGCCGCCACGGUGUGAUCACGGGACAGGACGGGGGGGAGGGGUACUUCACUCUCUACGCUGAUGUUCCACUCAACGACAUGUUCGGCUACUCCACAGAGCUGCGCUCCUGUACUGAAGGAAAAGGCGAGUACACCAUGGAGUACAGCAGGUACCAGCCCUGCCUGCCGUCCUCACAAGACGAACUCAUCCACAAACACCUGGAGGCGACAGGACAGCUGCCUGAAAAGAAGAACAAGUGGAAGGGCUAAAAAAAAAAAAAAAUCUCUACCCAACUUUGAAUGACUGGACUUUAAAAUGACCUCUAAUCCUCUUUACACACAUUUCUGCCCAUCAUCAAGCGUGACUCGACAAUAUGGUUUUAACUUGUGAAGAACUGACGUUUGACUUUUGUUUUGUAGCUGUUCUGUUUCUCCCUCAUGUGGAAAACAUAUUUAUUGUCUUGAUUUUAGCACCAUUUGACCCUGUUGGUAAGGAAAGCUCAGUGUUUUGAGCUUAUAUUGGCUUUUGUACUAUGUACAGAACGGCUCUGAUGUAAUGAUGAUUGCAACAAAGAUAUAUAUCCGUCUUUUAAAAGGUAACAUAUUAUAAAAGAAACAA